AUGAAUGCUCUACUUUUGUAUCUCAUCGUUUUUCAGACAUCAAAAACUUUUCGAUCAUAUUCUAUCAUUCUAGCAAGUGUCACUCUGUCCGAGUUUUUUCUUGGACUCACAGCCGCCCUAGCAAUGACUAGACUUAUCCCAAUUGAAAACGGCAUCGUUCUUCAAUUUCAUGGUUUGUGUCGAAAAUUCACUCCUCAAUUCUGUAAUGACGUUCAUACGAUCACACUGCAUUGUAUUUCUUACGGGUAUUCCCUUGUGCCACUCUCUUUUUGGUACCGUCACUACGUUCUCUCAAACAAAGCUCCAAGUCCAAAAUUGAUAGCUUUUCUUUGUUUUCUCAUUUAUCUACCAGCUUUCAUCACAAUGUUUCCAUUCGCUUCUUCGACCAGCGACCCAGCUGUGGCCAGACAAAUGCUUAUCGAUCAUCAAAACGGUUCUCUUUUUCCUGAUGACCCAAAAAUCGCAGCCAUCAUCGGCUAUGAGUAUCUUUAUCAAAAAACCAUAAUGCCGUUGAUGCUCUGGGUUUGUUUGCCGAUUUUCCCCGGUUAUACAGCAGCUAUCAUCUAUCGGAUUCGAAUUCUGCGAGUUCUCGAGAGAAACUCGAUGAGUCCGAAAACGAAAACGACACAGAAGAAAUUGGUGAAAGCUCUAACCCUCCAAGCAGUUCUUCCACUUAUCAUGAUGAGUCAAGCUUCUGUCUACAUGUGGAGACAAUUUAAACUACCAUUUGCUCAUUCGGUUCCAUAUUUCGAGGAAUGGGUCUUCUUGUUGGUGGCCAUUGUGAGG